AAGGCAGCUCGGUCUAGAGUGAUGGCCAUGUCCUUGCAGCUUGCUUUCAUUGAAGGAGGGCGUUGCUAGUGGAGCGUGUCGGUCCCGCAUCAUAGCUCGCUGUAUUGGUUACGUCUGCAUGGAAAUACUGGAAACAUGAACAAGAGAGCGCAAGUGGGGGAAAAAUAAAGAACGAAGAAGAAGAACAAACAACAAACAAGAAACAACUGACUUCUCGCUGGUCGAUGCAACAUUAGGGUUUCUUAGUUACUGACAAGAGCGACUGUUAAUCUGUAGCGAUGUGUGUGUGUGAUUUUCUUUGUCUUUGGUUUUGUGUUGUGGAUGUAGUUAUUUUAGUGAGUUGAAGCGGGGGAAUGGGUUGAAGUAGGUGCUCGGUCGGCCAUCAUUAGAUUUGCAUCUGCUCCUGUAAAGACUUUUUAGGCACUGCGAGUAUGCCAGAAGGGUAAGUUGUUAUCAUCAUCGCGUUUUGGCUUCAUUGACAGAGUUGCUUAGCUGCGUGCUGCUCUGGCAGUGUCAGAUUUACGGAGGGAAGGGAAGGGAAGGGAAGAGAAAGGCGGAGAGGAGAAGAGAUGAGAGGAGAGGGGAGGAGGGGAGUUCUUGCUGCGAUGGUAGAGACGUGAGAUAGGGAUUGUGUGAGGGAGGUAUGGUGGCUAGUAGGGAGCUGCUGAGUGGUGUACCGGGGAGGGGGGUGCGAGGGAAGGGGAAGGAGGUGAUGUGGAGUCGUCGAUGGAUGUGCGGGUUGGGGUGUGCGAAUUGCGAAGAGGGAGACACAUGAUAGGGGAGAAGGCUUGGAGGAGUGAGGGCGAUUUGAGGUUUAGAGGGUUGAAUAAGAGGGGAAGGGCAAGGGCAAGGGGAAAGGAUCAAUAUGGAGGAGGCGAUAUUGCAAUUGCAAUCGAAGGACACGAAGGAGAGAAUGGCAGGUGUGGACAGGCUCCAGACUUUGUUAGAACAAUGCCGGAAGAGCUUGACUGUUGCCGAGGUGUCAAGUCUCGUGGAUGCCUCCAUUUCUUUGUUGAAGGACAACAACUUUAAGGUGGCGCAAGGGGCACUGCAGGCAUUGGCAUCCGCAGCCGCGCUGGCUGGGGACCAUCUUAAGCUGCAUUUUAAUGCGUUGUUGCCGGCCACUGUGGAGCGCUUGGGGGACGGCAAGCAGCCUGUACGCGAUGCCGGGCGACGGUUUCUGCUUUCGCUUAUGGAGAUCUCAUCACCAACCACGAUUGUGGAGAGAGCUGGUGCCUAUGCGUGGGGUCACAAGAAUUGGAGGGUGCGGGAGGAAUUUGCUCGUACAGCUGCCUCUGCUUUGAAUCUCUUUACUGCAGCGGAGCUACCAUUUCAGAGACUCAUCCUACCUUCAGUGCUUAAUUUGUUGGAGGAUUCAAACAGCAGUGUCAGAGAAGCAGCCAUGCUUUGUCUUGAGGAGAUGUAUCGGCAGGGCGGAAAACAGUUUGGAGAUGAGCUUGUACGUCAUCAAUUAAGAGCGUCUCAGUUUAAAGAAAUAAACGCCAGGUUUGAGAAAAUCGAACCUGUGAGGAACAUGUUUGAUAGCAAGCCACAUUCUUCGUCAGCUCAGUGCAUCACUCCACCAAAUCGAUUUUCGGCUACUCCCAGUCAGCACAAAUAUGCCACCCAGCAAGCUGUAACCAGUCAUUCGUGGUCUGCACCCGAGGUGAAAGUUCCAGUGUCAUCUGGGAUUUCCAGGGGCAACAGUCCAAAGUCGAAGCCUAUUUUGGACGCUGAUGAGAAGCCAGCUGACCCAAUUAGAGUUUUCUCCGAGCGGGACCUGGCGAAGGAAUUUGAGAAAGCGGCAAGUAUGCUUGCUCCAACGCAGGACUGGUCGAUCAGGAUGUCAGCCAUGCGAAGAAUCGAAGGAAUAGUGGUAGGAGGUGCAACGAAGUAUAGCGGCUUUCUGCAGUUGUUGAAGCAACUUGUCAAUCCUCUUUGUGAUCAGCUAGCUGAUCGUCGAUCCAGCAUUGUAAAGCAGGCAUGUCAAUUAUUGAAAGUGCUGACCAAGGAGCUCAAAUCAGAUUUUGAUGUCUUCGCGGAAACUUUCCUGCCAGUGCUUUUCAAGCUGGUGGUCAUCACAGUUCUUGUUAUUGCUGAGUCAGCGGACGCUUGUAUCAAAUCAAUGUUGCAACAUUGUAAAGUGGCCCGACUUCUUCCUAAGAUGGUUGAUUUCGCAAAACAUGAUCGGAGCGCAGUUCUCCGGGCAAGGUGCUGUGAGUACUUGCUAUUGGUGUUGGAGCGAUGGUUCGACGCACCUGAGAUGCAACGUUCAGCCGAGCUUUAUGAGGAUCUUAUCAAAUGCUGCUGCGCAGACGCAAUGAGUGAGGUACGCUCUUUAGCAAGGCAGUGUUAUCGCGUAUUUGCUAGGUGCUGGCCAGAUCGAGCACGUCGUCUCUAUCAAGCUUUUGAUCCUGUUACUCAAAAGGUUAUAAAUGACGAGGAUGGAGGAAUUCUAAAGAAAUAUGGCCAUUCUACCGUUCAUGAUACUCAUCAGUUGCGCCAGACCACCAGUUUACCAAUUCUUGCGUCUGGACAUAGCACAUCACCACCUGGGGUGUCGAAUUCGUCAAACGGACACCAAACUGCUUCAUCAAAUGGCUAUAAUUCCAAUUACGCAUCGAAGUCAGUAUCGAGUAUGUCACAGCGGAAGCCAUCAGAGGCUGCUCCCGAGAGAAGUUUACAGAGUGUAUUACAGGCCAGCCAACAGCAAGUAAAUGCAAUAGAGACUAUGCUCAAAGGAGUUGGUAUUAAUGACGUGGGUUCAUAUUAUCCAAAUCCUCAAACUGCUGUUGUAAAUACUUAUUCGAAGAGUCAAUCCACUGGUGCAACUUGGCCCUCACGUCCGGGGAUUGAUCCUCUCUCCUCUAGGGAUCCUCCUCAUCUGGCAUCCGGUGCUGUACCACACCAUCAACCCAGUCUGGCAGCCUUUCGACCUGGAAGUGCUGGAAGAAUACAAAGUGGGCAUCAGGCAUUUGGUGAUAUGGAUGCUGGGAAGUUAGCGGACUUUAGUGGCACAAACAGAGAAGCUGAGUUUGCAGUUGACAUCAACCACGAUUCUGCACGAGCCUCUGGGAGGUCACAAUCAGCUAAGCGAGUACCGACGAGCGUACCAAAAUACAGUACUCGUAGUUCAAGUGUUGAAUAUGAUGAGCCCAAACAAGCUAAACGCAUCCCAAAGCCAGAAGGACAUAUGGAUAGAAUGAUGUCAGAUGCUAAUUCAAACGCAGUACCUGCUUAUCAAAGACCCCUUCUUCGACAAACCGUCUCGGGAAGGUCGUCUGGAAAUAACAGAAGUAACAUAGAAGAUAUCGUUCCCACUGUUAUGAACUCUUCUGGGGAGGUGUUUACUUAUAUGGAUGGCUUGAUGUCAUUGAAUGAUGCUUUGACGGAAGGCUUGGCUCCAGGCUCAGAGUGGUCUGCUCGGGUUGCUGCAUUCACAUUCCUCAAAAAACUCCUUCAGCAAGGAAGUAAGGGCCUUCAAGAAGUGAGCCAGAACUUUGAAAAAGUGAUGAAGCUGUUCUCUACGCACCUGGACGAUCCGCAUCACAAGGUGGCACAGGCUGCUCUUUCCACUCUUGUAGAGCUGGUGCCAGCGUGCCGGAAGUUGUUUGAGACUUAUUUGGAGAGGAUUUUACCACACGUAUUUGCACGACUUGUGGAUGCAAAAGAGGUCAUUCGCCAACUGAGCACCUCUGCUCUCGAGACGGUGGGGAAUACUUAUAGCAUCGACGCACUUUUGCCUGCUUUGCUUCGGUCAUUGGACGAGCAACGUUCUCCCAAGGCAAAGAUGGCAGUCAUCGAGUUUGCUAUUGCUGCAUUUGCAAAAUUGGCCUUGAAUGGGGAGGCAUCAGGGGGAAGUGGGCUAUUGAAACUUUGGCUUGCCAAGCUUGCCCCCCUUGUCCAUGAAAAAAAUGCUAAGUUGAAGGAGACAGCUGUGACAGGGCUUAUAUCUGUAUACUCACAUUUCGAAUCGUCCAUAGUUCUUAACUUCAUUCUUGGAUUAUCUAUUGAAGAGCAGAGUACUUUGCGACGAGCUCUCAAGCAUUAUACUCCUCGAAUUGAGGUGGAUCUUAUGACUUACAUGCAAAACAGGAGCCAGCGGAAUAAGACAAAAUCUGGCCAUGAGCGUCCUUCCUCCUCAUCGACCCACAUGGAGAGAGACGAGGAUUAUAUUGAGCAGGUCUCUCCUACUGGAGAUAAGAAACAGACCGCUCAUGGUUAUUCGUCUGGGGCUUUGGAUAACUUGGGUCGAAAGUGGGUUGCUGCUGCUCAACUUGACACAAUGAACCUGACUCAUCAUGGAGGUGCAACAUUAUCAAUGACCGAUCAGUCUAUUCAUUCCGGUCCCCCUUUUACUUAUUCUGGAGACUCAUCCACUUCUUCUGCUCAUAACAAGGCUAAAGAUACGAUCAGUAAUAUAAUCAGCAAAGAUAUAAAUAAUAAUAUUAUUAGUAGUAGAGAAAUCACCACUUCAUGGUUUAACCGAACUCAGAACCAGCAGGCAGCGGGCUUAGAAUCUAGGCCUAGUGUUUUACCCUUGAUUAACUCAGAGGGUGGUAACAACCCGGAUUCAGGGAUUGGUACGGUGUCCAGUUCUGAAAGCUUACACUUCAAUGACUCACCAGCCAAUAUCCACAGCAAAGUUGAGUUUAACUUUAAUCAUCAAAAGACAAAUGCAAACUCUCUGCUUCCAGGACCAGAUAUCUCCAGUGGUGUACUCCAGAUGUCAAGCUGGGAUAGUGGAAAAGCAAUUGGAGUCAGAGAAAAUGCACUCCAGCAACUGACGGAGUUCUCUCAUGCCAACGAUUCUAAUACGUGGUCGAAGUAUUAUAACCAGAUUAUUACCCUGGUGUUGGAGGCACUGGAUGAUCCAGAACCAACAAUCAGGGAGCGGGCUGCAAUUGUCUUGCUUGAGAUGCUUAAGAAUCAGAAAGACAGACUAGACAAGGAUACUGAAGUUUUGUUGGAGAAACUUUUGCAAUCAGCCAGAGACAGUGACGCAAAGGUGAGUGCUGCGGCUGAUCUUAGCCUGAACGCUGUGUUGACGGAACUGGACACAUAUCGUUGCCUUUCGGUUGUUGUACCUCUUUUGGAAUCUGAAAAUGAGAAGACCUUGGUGACUUGCAUCAGCUGCCUUACCAAACUUGUAAGCAGACUCCCUCCAGAGGAGCUGACGUCCCAGUUGAAUUCUUUCUUGCCUAUGCUCUUUGAUGCUUUUGGAAACCAGGAUGCAGAUGUUCGAAAGACUGUUGUUUUCUGUUUGGUGGAAAUAUACAUCGUCUUGGGCAAAGCAUUUGUUCCAUAUCUUGGAAGUCUUAGCAGCACACAGUUUCGAUUAGUCACUCUCUAUGCAAACCGCAUUUCUCAGGCAAGAAUGGGAUCGUCCUCGCAACCAACCCAGCAAGCCUAAUAUGACCAUACUCAAUAUUCCUCUUCCUACAGAGGGGAAUGUUAAGUUAGCAAGCUAAAAGGGCACAAAUAGCAAGUACCCAUUUGAAGUGAUGUCGACGUUGCAUGGGUAGCUGCGCAGUACUUGCCUUCGUGACGAAGAAGCACUUUUGGUUAUGUAUUCCAAGCUAAGCUGACUUGCGCCUGUACUUUCUAUGUUUGAUUUUCCUGAUUUACACAAUAUUUUUGAAGGUCUGGUUGAGUAGUCGGACCUUUGACAUCGAUCCCGUGUCUAAAUUCUGAAGCUGGAAGGUCGGCACGCAGGAAGGAUGUCCUGAGUUGCGAACAUCCGUUGAGUUCUGGAUUGGUUACUUGAGUUGGGACCUAUGUAUUUCUAUUUAUUGUUGUUGAUUCCAUGUAUUUGGAGGAGAGUUCACGAGAUUGUGAAUUUUUUUUCUAGAAUCUGUAUCUGGUAGUGAUGCGUUUGUAAGCUUCUUCUGUCAAUAAUUCACUAGUUCGAAAAUUUCUGCGGCUA